GUGUGGUGGUGGAGGAGGUUUUGUCAAGUUGUGCACACUUCCCAGUGUUCCCCAGCUGAGUGCGUGCCAAGAAAGCGUUUGUGAGCAAGGAAAUGUGGACGGACUAAUGGUGUUUUUACGUGAGCUAGUUUGAAGGAUACACUGAAAACGGUUUCUUUGACGAUCAAAUGCGCAACAUGGAUGACGACGAUGGAUAUACGUUUGAGGCGAUUCUCGAAUACCCUAAAAUUCUGCUCAAUAUCAUUCGUUCAGUUCGGGUGCUCAAGAAACGCGCAGCAUUGGAGAUAUCCCUUGAAGGAUUAAGGUUCAUCUCCGAGGAAGAUAAAUGCAUUCAAGUAGUAGCCCUCCUCGAAGAGCAGCUCUUCAAACAGUUCGAUUUUCGGGCACACGACAGCGUCAUGUUUGAAAUUUCGCUCGAUCACCUCGAGCAGUGUCUAAAUCUGUUCGGGUCAUCAUCUUCAUAUUCAACUCUUAAAGUCGUUUAUCCUGGCCGCAACAAUUCGUUCGUGCUGUUUAUCGAAGACGGAGGAGUAUUCAGCGAAUGCGAGCUCGCAACAUUCGAAUGCGAAGAUUUUAUUGAGGUGGAAACAUUGGGCGACAUUGUGACGAGAGUGUUAUUCAACUCCGACUUGUUAAAGGAAAUAUGGGCAGAGAUGGAUCAUACUGCAUCGAUACUGAAAUUUUCUAUUGGCAAUGAAAAAGUAGCGCUGUCCACUGCGACAAUGAAAAUUGAAGUUGGACAGCAUUCAGAAGCGGUUGUCCUCUUUGAAAGCAAGCAUGAUCAAGACCUCAAGUACAAUAUGAAGGUGCUCAGAGCUACACAAAAAGCUUUGAAUUUAUCGUAUAAGUCGUUAAUUCGUUUUGCCGUAGAUGGAACCGUAGCAAUGCAGUUUCUACUUAAAACAGAUGCGGGACCGGACUGUUGUGUCGAGUUUCUUUGUAAGGCAUUGCAGUUUAUCGAGGAGGAUAGCGACUUGCUAUAAAUAUCUAUGUGGACUACUGAAUCAACCGAAACGUGGGCCAUGUUUAACUCAAAUUAAUUAUAAUAUGAUAAUUAGAUUAAUAACCAUUCACGCUGUAUGUAUAUAGAUAGAGCAGGUGCGAGAAAGACAAAUGUGAUAAGUGUGCGCAGCUGGAAGGUUAUUAACCCGGAUCUGGAACAUGCCACUACGAAAUCUUUUUUUGUAGAAUGCUUUUUUCGUACAGACGACAGGUUACUUACAUAGACAUGCAUUAACAAGUGAACAAAUCAUUACGAAUCGCAAGCAACUAGGUGUGGGCGUCUGUUAUCGCAUCGAUUAACAGUUAUAAUAUGUAAGAUAUUUUCUCCGUUUAUCAAGACAGCCUUUUCUGCCUUUUAGAUACAUCUGCGAGAACAACUUUUAUCACAGAUGGCACAGCACUAUCUGCUUCGUUGUAAUGUAUUAUUUUACUGAAACGCAAUAUAACAAACAUAAAUAUCUUAUCAGCUCCAUGAAAUCUAUUAUUGUCUCGUCAUUUCUUUGUUGCUGCUCCCUUCUAGACUUUCAUACCUGCGUGAUUGUAAAAACGUGUAUGACAGAUCAGUUAUCCUGGGCCGAUAGUUGAUAACGGACAGCUCCCUUUUGAUUUUCAAUUCAGCUGUUGACUUCUCCAUCCGCACAGCGCCGUGUUCGUGGGUCUGUCCUAUUUCUGUGAACGAAAUUAUAAAUGAUAGUGCACGAUAUAGGGUGCAUGGAAGAGUAACCCGUUUUAUAAAAUUAACAAACAGGAAUGUUGAGUCUUCAAAGUCUUGUUUUUAAACAACAUAAUUUGUUUGCUAGUGGAAGAGCUGAACUUGGUGUUCGCACGCGGCGACAUCUCCUGUGCUCGUGCGAUAAGUCAGGGAAAUGCCGUCGCCGCUUUGACAGGCCCUGGCGUGAAACAACGUCGGCUAAUGACAAAGCUUUUGCGCUCAAUGGCUUACGUAGGAGCGGUUGAGAAAUGGAAGCGGGCCGGCGUCGCCUUCGAGUAUAUAUAUCUAAUGUAUUUUUGCUUCGUUGACUUUGGUCGCAUUCUCAUAGCGCUCAUAAGGCGAGCAUUGUUCGAUGUCUGCGUGUUGUUACUCAUGUGAUAUCAGCUGUGAACCUA